UUCCGUGCGCCCACGCGGGCGGGGGCCGAGCCGCGCUUCCUGCGCGAACCCACCUCUCCCCCGGGGCGCCGGCGGUCAGGUGGUUGCCUGCGCGUGGCUGCCGCUCCGCCGGGACCGGCACCCGCUCUCAGGCUCUCCUCGGCGCGGCCCCCUCGACUGCCCUAACCGCACCCUUCCCCCAGCCCGGUCCCGCGGGCGAGGGAGCGCGACUCCCUCCCCAGAUGUUACGGCCCCGCCUGAGUGCCUGGGCCCACCGGUGGCUUUCGGGUGGAACGCGGAGGCCCCCGGGGGAUGCCAGAAGGUGUCCACGUGUUGGCGUGGGCUCAGCCCAAAAUGUAGGCCCUCGGAGCCCCAGCAGAAGCUGUGAAUCAGGCUUGGGCCGCUGAUGGUUUUGGCGAAGUACCCUAAGGUAGCUGGGCCGGCCCCCUCUUUCCCACCUACCUCUUGCCCUUCCCCCCACACCACCACCACCCUGGCUCCCCUCCCUCAUGACCGCCUGGAUCCUCCUUCCUGUCAGCUUGUCAGCAUUCUCUAUCACUGGCCUAUGGACUGUGUAUGCUAUGGCCGUGAUGAACCGCCACGCAUGCCCUGUGGAGAACUGGUCCUACAACGAGUCCUGCUCUCCUGACCCCGCUGAACAAGGGGGCCCCAAGACUUGCUGCACCCUGGAUGAUGUCCCCCUCAUCAGCAAGUGUGGCACAUAUCCCCCAGAGAGCUGCCUCUUCAGCCUCAUUGGCAACAUGGGUGCUUUCAUGGUGGCUCUGAUCUGCCUGCUGCGCUACGGGCAGCUCCUGGAGCAGAGUCGUCAUUCCUGGGUCAACACCACAACACUCAUCACAGGCUGCACCAACGCUGCGGGCCUUGUGGUGGUCGGCAACUUCCAGGUGGAUCAUGCUAAGUCUCUGCACUACAUCGGAACUGGUGUGGCCUUCUCCGCCGGGCUGCUCUUUGUCUGCCUGCACUGUGCCCUCUGCUACCACGGGGCCACUGCCCCCCAGGACCUGGCUAUGGCCUACGUGCGGAUUGUGCUGGCAGCCAUCGCCUUUGUCACCCUGAUCCUCAGUGCGGUCUUCUUUAUGCACGAGAGCUCUCAGCUGCAGCAUGGGGCAGCCCUGUGCGAGUGGGUGUUUGUCAUUGACAUCCUCAUUUUCUACGGCACUUUCAGUUAUGAGUUCGGAGCAGUGUCGUCAGAGACGCUGGUGGCUGCGCUGCAGCCUGCCCCUGGCCGGGCUGCCAAGUCCUCUGGGAGCGGUCGCACCUCCACUCACCUCACCUGUGCCCCCGAAAGCAUCGCCAUGAUCUGAGGUCUGCGGAGGGUGGCCGGGCCAGCCUCACCAGCUCCCCACCUCAUAACUUUGCAUUUAUUUUGUACCAAAAAUGGUUUUGAGGAAGUGUUGUCAGGAUAUAGGCUUCCUUGCUGCUGGAGCAGUGGCCAUCCCACACCCACCCGUGCCACGGAGGAACAGGCCCGGCAGGUGCCUGGGCUGCACACAACCUACUCCCUUACUCUGCACUGUUGUUUUUAUGUUCAAAGGUCACAUAUUCUCAUUUCACCCAGCCAGCCCUUCAGGUGCCUUCUACUCCCCAGUGCCGAAGCCAAACCACUGGGGUUUCCUGCUGCAGGAAUUGGGGGCUGGGAACAGCAAGAAGGAUAGAAUUUGGGGUGGAGGGAUAGGCACUCCUUAGACUGUGGGAAGGCCCACUUUGGGGCCCACUGAGCUGCACUGGGAUUCUUCACUCUGCCCUUUUCUUUCUUUCGGGCAAAUAACACAGCAGAACCAUGUGGGUAUUUUAGUACUUUUAUAUAUAUAUAUACAUAUAUAUCUAUAUCUAUAUAUCUACAUAUAUAUAGAUAUAGAUAUAUAUAUCUAUUAAAAGAAUUCUAAUUUGCAUGUUUGUAGUCUGUUCUGAAGAGUCAAGAGAGAGACUAACCCAGGUUGGCUUUCCCUAGGCAAAGGAUGGGCAAAAUCUCCUGCCCCCAGAAAGAGUCCUGAGUGGCCACUGCUCUUUGAGAACAGGGCUGCCAAGAAUAAAGACUGCCAGGUGCUAUCCAAAUACCCCUCAAGGGCUUGAAACCCUUUCUAGGACUUUAAACAGUCUAAAGAACUGACCUGAUCCUUCUUCUACUCAAGAGUGUGGUUUGAAGUUUGCUUCCUCAGUAGGUAAUAAUGGGGUGGGGCAGAGGUGGGGGCGGAGGGAAUCCACAAAGCAACUUCAAACUGAUAGGAGCAGUUUUCACAAUGAACCUAAAGAAAGCCUGUGGGAUUCCAAGAUUUACUAAAAAUUGCAGGGGACAGAUGUAGGCUCUCUUUUUUUUCUUUACCAUCUGUAAGUAACUAUUGGAUGCCAGACCCUGACACAUUUUGCUCUCCAACAAUGAAUGCACAGGACCAAGCCCUGGCUGAUCUAGUAGCCAGGUUUUUGACCUGGGCUCCACUUCUCUCAGGCCAGACUGAGCAGUGUGUACACUUAACAGGAAGGGACACACAGCCUGGUGCUUUCUGCGGUUCAGGACCACCUUCCCCAACAGCAGUAGGGACCUCAUGGAGGGUACGGAACCCCUGCCCAGGCUUGUGAGCAAUGCAGUGCAGGGUGGGUAAAGAAAAUUUUAAUGAGGAUUUGAGGUGCAAGAGAAAGAUGUGGAGGACUGGUACUCAGCCCCAGGCACCUCAUGUGUACAUGGCUCCAUGGAGGUUCUCAAGUCGGUGCUUUUGCUGCUGCUUGCGAGCCUGAAGGAAAGAGAGCACAAUGGGCAAGAGCCAUAUGUGAAGGCCUGUGGGUGGAGCAAUGGGACAGCUAUCAUGGAGCUAUCACUGUUUUCAGGCUCCUAGCAUGUGCAUUGCCAAGGCUCUUGCCCCUCACCAGAGUCACCAGGAAGACAACAAGAGCCAAGGACCCUGAAGCCUACCCAGACCUGCUAAGGUAGGAAAUGAGAACAAAAGGACAGCGACGGGGGGGCCCCAUUACCACCCUCUCCACUUACCACCAGCCCCUACCUUAUCUCGUCUAUGUUCCUCGUAAGUGUCAUCAUCAGUGGGCAGCUCAUGGCGGCACAAGGGGCAGGAAUUUGUCUGAGGAAAGGAGGACAGUGUUCCAGCCCAAGUCUGGUCUUCAUAAGUUAAUAUUCGUCCCCUGCUCCCAAUACCCACCCCUACCCCUCUCCCUUUUCUGAUCCCCUAACAGUUCAUAAACAGAACUCGAGAGGCUUGAGAACUGGGCCCAGGGCAAGGUGAGGGCUGAGAAAAAGGAAGUAGUACCUUGCUUAGCCAGGGCAGAAUGCAGCUGGAAUGGAAGAGGUGAUGGCAAGGCAUCUCAAUGGCAGUCUCCUCCUCCUCAAAUUCCAAAAGACACACGGGGCACUUGAGCUCUUUAGGAGGGAGUGCUGAUCAGGAGAGCCGCUACAGGCCCUACCUCCCAGCUCCCACUCUUCAAGGACAUUCUUGCCCCAACCUGACCUGGAAAACUGAAGGGCCAGACCAGUCUAGCUUGGGAGGGAGUGGGUCUGACAAACCUGCCCCAAACAGUGGAAAGAAUUAGUGUUCUCACCGGCCUGAGAGCCCCUGAUGACUCUCCUAGGAAGGUUCUCAACCACAGCUUUGGCAGCAGGUGGAGGCAGGUGAUGUUCCCAAUCUACUACCAACCCCAAGUCUUCAAAGUCCAUCCUAUUGAAAAGUGACCUGGGAAGAACGGUGCAUGGUCAGAACCACAGAAAACCAUACUUUCUCUUUGCUCCAACAGCCCACUAGGCAUUAUAGCAAAUAAAUGCCCUGCAGCUAGUACCCUGCAGAAGUGCUCACUAGAUUAAAAGCACAGUGGGAAGUGGUUUACAGUUGCUAUAAGACAACCCCAAGCAUGCAAGCAGUUUAGUCCCAUUUUGCACAUGAGGCAACAGGCUUAGAAGUUACUCAGGCUAUGUAGGAAUGACCUGGUAAAGCCAGAUUCCCAGUGGCAGCGCUGGCUGCCGUGCUUGGUGUUCCUAACUAACGUUCCUACUCACACCCACACGGCCCUUCCCUUACCCCCAUCACCCAUAUUCUCCCUCACCUGCUACAACCGGCUGCCUUCCCGCUCCCUACUCCCCCUACUCUCCAGUUCCAGUCUUUCCCACAAUCUCUUUGCCCGGCCCGUCUAUGGAUGAUCCAAAUUAUUGAUCUCCCUCGAAUAUCGUCUCUGGACUAACUCUCCAGCUUACUCAUCCUUCCUCCUCAGAAUGGAGGCCCUAUAUGAUCAGCCUUCUCCAGCCAGCCCCAGCCCAGAAACCUGCUGCCUGCGCCCCCACCUCCCAGCAUCGCGUACCCACCUUGCGAGCUCCAGCAGCAUAUUGGUUCGGGCCUGCUGCUCGGAAUCCAACGGCUCGCAGUCGUGUUCAUCGAAAUAGGACGCCAUCGCAGCGGUGCUGUCUCACACAGCCCUCGAACCCCGCUGGACUGCGGCCCCGUGGCUCUGGCCAAUAAAUUGCCGAGCUGAGAGAGGAAGACCAAUCAGAGCACCCGAAAGGCGGGAACAGAGGCUCGUUUGCCGCACUGAAAGCGGAAGUAUUAAUUCUGCCGCCUCUCGUUGGCUCGAGUAAGUCAGGUGACCAAAGGCUAAAGCCAAUGGCAGGAUCUGGGGCUGGUCAGGAAACGUCUGUUUUGGACUCCUAACCUGGGGUAGGUACGUGGGAGUGUCGCGUAAUUCGCGUCCACAGAGCGGUGAAAAGGGAAGUGUCGAGGCUGUAGGGGGUCCUGAGUCCGCUCUGUGGUUCAGCGGGGUUAGGACGCCCAGGUGUUAAAGGCCCUCCGAGAAAGGGAGGCGCUGGCCUAGGGGCUGAGGGUACUGCGAACCUGGAAUCACCGCGUUUCCCGCUGCUCUGUCCGCCCCGCCAGGUACUUCUGCACCUCCUGCACUCUAGUUGGUUCAGGAGUUGGCGCUUGAUUCCUCCCAUACCCACAAAACAAAAAUUUCCUGUUCAUUUCUUCUCUAUUAGGCCCAAUAAAGAGCAAAGCAAAACUUCCCAACCGAAAGAGGAAAGAUCCCUGCCGGGAAAUCUGGGACUUUACCGGCUCAUGAGACUAUGUGUGUGACCUUCAGCCCGUUGUUCAACUUCUCCCCUAGCUUCUGUAAAAUCUUUGGCUUGAAUUCAAAAGGUGGUUUGCAUCCCUGGCUACCCAUGAAUAUUCUGGAGGGAGAAUGAGGGGUUGCAGCUUUAAGAGAAAAUAACCCUGCCAGAUACCCUCAAAGAUUCUGACUUAACAGAUCUAGGCCCCAUAAGGCGGCUGUGUAGGGCAGUGGCUAACGUGUGUGCCCAGGCAUCCCACAAACUUGGGUUUAAAUCUUAGCUCUGGUACUGAUUGAGGCCUAGGGGUGGUGUUUUUAGAAGUUCUACAGGGGAUUCUAUUUAUUUAUUUGUUUGUUUGUUUGUUUUAAGUAGGCUGCACACCAUCAUGGGGUUUGAACUCACACAACCAUGAGAUCAAGAGUCCCAUGCUCUACUGACUGAGCCAGCCAGCCGCCCCUCUACAGGUGAUUCCUACUGUGAGGCUGGGCUGAGGACUACUGCACUAAAUGAUUUGGAUGAUAGCUACCAUUUAUUUGGCAUCUAGAACCAUUACAUUGAUGGAUGUUUUACACUCAGUAUAAACAAUCCUCAUGAUUGUUCUGGGA